CUGGCCUUCCCCAACCUCCUCCUCCUCCCUCACCACCUCCCCCACCCCCCGUUCCCCUCUCCCCUCAAUUCCACUGCUCUCGUUCCGGUUGGCUCCUGAUCUCCCCCCCUCACCGGAGUCACAAUGUCGUCGCUUCCCCUGGAGCCACCCACCUAUCUCAGUUCGCUACAGAACAACAUCCGAGCUCGCCCCAUCCCGUGGGAGGGAGCCGUCCGUGCUGGGAACAUCACCGAUGACCACCUGAAGAAGAUCAAAGCGGUCGACAAGGUUCGCAAGGAGCAACGACGCCAGACUGUCGAGGGAGAUCUGGCCGGGUAUGUGAGUCUGCUCGCGGGCGGCGCCGAAGGCAAGAGCGUGCUGGACUCCGCCUCCAGGAGAACCGAUAUUGUGCAAUACAUCCUCGUGCUGGCCGCGGAUUUGAUCAACGAUGUCCCCUCCCUCUCGACCGCCCUGGUCGCGCAUCCCGAUCCCUACAAGCCAUUCCUCCCCCUCUUGCGUCACUCCUCCAACGCCGAAGACCCGAUCCCUCUGCUCACCUCCACCUUCCUGACCAACCUUGUCUCCGUCAGCCUGGGCUCGUCGUCCAAGCCAGCUGCGCGGGAUGAUGAAGCGCUUCCGCAGCUGUACACCUAUCUCUCUACCCUGACCCAGAACCAAGACAGCGGGCUGCAGGACAUCGGGGUCCAGGAGUUGUCGGCAUUGCUACGGACCUCGAGAUCCCGUGAGAUUUUCUGGAAGCAGAGAAAUGAGACGGUUGACCCCCUCAUCGAGAUCCUGCGUGCUGCUGCAGGCGCCAAAGAUAGCAGCUCAAGCACCCUGGCUGGCAGUUCGCGCGCGAUCGAGCCUGGUCUUGCCGGUGGAGUUGGACUCCAGCUGUUGUACCGGGUUCUGCUUGUUCUCUGGCAGCUCAGCUUCGAAGGACAGUUGAUCGGUGAUGAUCUGCAAGCGGACCAAGAGUUUAUCCAGCUGUACACACACCUCCUCCGCCUUUCGCCGAAGGAGAAGACGACGCGACUCCUCCUUGCUACCCUCAACAACCUCCUUUCCACCAACCGCACCAGCUUGCUCCCAGUCGCCGUCUUUGUCCGCCUCCCUGCCCUCCUCACGAACCUCUCCGGUCGCCACCUGACCGAUCCUGACCUCUUGGAGGACCUCCAAUCUCUGUCGGACAUGCUGGAUGAGUACACCAAGACGCAGACGACGUUCGAUCAGUAUGCCGCUGAGCUGCAGUCCGGCCACCUUCGGUGGUCUCCGCCCCACCGCAACCCUACCUUUUGGAAAGACAAUGCUCGCCGGAUCCUUGAUGACAACAACGGCGCGCUGCCGAAGAAACUGGCCGAAAUCAUUUCCAAGACCUGGGAUAACGAUAAGCAGGUGCUGGCGAUUGCCUGUAACGAUGUGGGCCACCUGGUGAAGGUGCUGCCGGAACGGCGGGGACAGCUGGAAAAGCUGGGUCUGAAGGCCCGCGUCAUGGAGCUGAUGGCAGACAAGGACGAGUCAGUGCGGUGGGAGAGCUUGCGGGCCGUUGGGGAGUGGCUGCGCUAUACGUUCGACGACUAGUGGUCCGGGGAGGUGUGGUGUGAUGUGAAAUACUACCCAGUUCUUGUUUGAUCUGCGUCUUUCUGGCCGGGCACAGACACCUUGGCUGUAUUGUAUGGGUUCUCAGCGUAAACCAGUUGAAUAUCAUCGUCUUGUGCACAUAGCAAAC